UCUACCCUUUUGAGUUAUAUAAUGUCGGAAUGACCGAUGUUUAUUUCUUACCUAGAAUCUGGCGUGCGCUGUUUCUACGUACCGAGCAGUCUCGCGGCGCUCGAUUGUGAUAAGGUGUCGAUGAAGAGUUCCGGACAUGUCAACGCGGUGCAGAGCUGUAGAACAAGGAACAUUACGCUGCUUUCGUUAUUGCAUGUGAUGGAAUGUGUGGUAUGUCGUACUUUCAGUAUGUUUCAAUAUCUUCACGUAAGAGCAACUGACGUCGGCGGUGGAGAUACGUAGGCAUGACUUGGUCCAAGUCACGUGCCAACCUCCCGUAUUUCACUGAUCCAAGUCACGGACUUGUAAUCGGGACAAAAUUGGUACACUUGGAUGGCCGCUGUACCAGCUCUUGAAGAUGAUGCUCUAUUGCGGUGGCUUAGAGCGAGAAAGCACAGUCUUUCAAGCGCAACAGAAUUUUUAGAACAAUUAUUACUCGAUAUUACAGCAAGAGGAGCAAACUUUUUUGACAUUCGUCACGAAUCCACUUCAUCAACGACAGACAGUCCGUUCCAUUGCUCUUGUGGUGGCAUCCUAUACCGGCCAAUCACUCAGAGGGAUGGCGUUAGCCGGUGCAGCUGGUGUGUCCAAGAACAGGAACGGAAACGGUCUAGAUUGGUGGGGAUGAAUGGAGGCGAAAAAAUGGAAGUGCCAGUCGUUAAUGUACUGUUGGCUCGACUUGUAAGUAAAUGUUACGGAAACUCUUGGUCGGUUGGUAGUCGGAAGAGUGACUCUAAUCAAACGAGAGAAUCGGACACAGAGCCGCUGCCACUGGCUUCUGGUGAUUCUAUCACUCGAGUAAGGAGAGAAGAAUCGAAGAGCCUGUACUCGAAGGCUUUGGACGAUACAGAUACUGCAUUGGUAGCAUCUCCGCAGCAGUGCAAGACUCAUUACCAGAAGGCACAGAUUCUCGAUGGUAUUGGUGGUAUGGAAGAAUCCCUGGCGUCUUGUUUGACGUGUCUAGUGCUGAAGGAAGACGCAGUGCUUCGACAGCAUACUGCAAGGAUGCUCAACCAGUAUCUUUUUGCUCAAGCGGGGAAGCCUGAAUCUGACAUUUGGGUUCAGAAACUCCAUAAAGUCCUUCAUCUCUGUCUAAAAGAGCUGAGUACUAAGCCUGUUCUACAUAUGGACGGUUUACAAGGUCGGUUAGUGUUAGAGGACUUCGACUGCAGUCUGUGUUGCAGGUUGUUAUAUAAGCCAGUGACAACUCCGUGUGGUCACGUGUUCUGCCUGUCGUGCCUUAAUCGUUCUCUCGACCAUCGGUCGUCCUGUCCUACAUGUAGAGGAUCACUUGUAGAGUAUUUAUCAUCUGUCCUCGGAAGGAGUCAACCAGUAACGGUGGAAGUGGAACGAAUGAUUCAAUUGUUUUUUUCUGACGAGUACAAAACACGAGAGCAAAUAUAUACACAGGAAUUACAGCAGCUUGCAGGACCACCAUUGGGAUCUUUACCUGUCAAGGCUGACAUUCCGGUGAUUGUCUGUGGGCCAGCGUUUCCUUCUGUUCCUUCUUGUUUGCACAUAUUUGAGCCUUGCUACCGUCUUAUGCUGCGUCGUUGCUUGGAAUCGAAUGCCAAUCAGUUCGGAAUGUGCCAACCAUCGGGGCAAUCACAGUUGGCACGUAUCGGUACCAUGCUGACAGUUCGGGGCGUACAGUACUUAGCCGAUGGUCGGUCAAUGGUCAGUACAGUAGGUGGGAAACGAUUCAGGGUUUUAAGCUACGGGAUGUUGGAUGGAUAUGGCCGAGCUGUUGUUCAGUUUUUUUCUGAUGAGAAAGUCGUGUCCAAACCAGAAUUGACCAUGCUUCGAGCGUUAUCGGUGCAAGUACGUGGCGCCACAGAGAACUGGUUCAGAUCUCUCAGCGCAGUUAUAAAAGAUCGUAUAUUGAGUUGUUAUGGUGAACUCCCAUCGUUUGACCCAUCGUCUGACCUUCAAGCUAACGACGACGGCCCAGACUGGGUGUGGUGGGUGUGUGCCGUCUUACAGGGACAAGGGCAGGCGUGCGAUCUGCUGGGUCUGACGUUACUCAGAGAUCGACUUCUGUUUUUGCAGCAACUUCUAGACGAGCAUGCAAGCCUUAUUAGAAUUUGUAGACCACAAUAGUUAGAUAUUGAUAACGAGAGAAUGGUUACACGUAUUUAUAUCAUCAAAAGUUACGUAUAGAGUAGACAACAAUGCUUGACUUAACUUAAGUAAGUUUCCACACGCUUUUCACUGUUAGUAGGUGGAGAGCUAUUCUUGUAUUUCGUAAAGUAUACACCUGUAGGUGGAGAUCGAGUCUAACGUUAGAUUGUUGAAUUACGAAAA